UGAAGCAUGCCGCUGCAUAAAGGAUUGUGUAACAGGGCUCUGAUAAUGUCUGUGGGACGCUUUGAAUAUGGGGUGAACCUGAACCGGAGGCCUGGAGUGAGGAAAGAUCAGAAAAAACUCCACCGAGCUCUCAGCAAACUGGGCUUCAAAGUGGACAUCCACACAGACCUGAACUCUGAGGAGAUCUACCAACUCUUCAUGAAAGAGAGCAAGCGGCCUGUGAAAGACUGUUUUAUAGCUGUGCUGUCAUCUCACGGCGAGGACGGCUGUGUCUUUGGAGCAGAUGGAAAACCUGUCAGACUGUCUCAGAUCUUCACAUACUUUGACAACGAGUGCAUGGAGAACACAGCCAAGCUAUUCUUUAUACAGGCUUGUCGUGGAGGUGGUCUUGAUGAUGGUGUUGAAGUUGACUCAGUAGAUGGUGCAGAAGAAAACUUUUCACUUGACCUAUUGGUGCCCAUAGACACAGCUGUCAUGUACGCCACUGCGCCAGGUUACGCUGCUUUCACGCACCCAUGUGGAUCAGUAUUUCUCCAAACAUUUUGCAAACUGCUGGAAGAAGAUGGCAACCGAAAUAUGGAGCUGACCCGCCUGAUGACCCGCUUGUGCCAUAGAGUUGCCUACACCUUUCAGGCCAAAGGUCGUGACUUCAGUGGGAAGAGACAAAUGCCCUGUCUACUGUCUCGCAUGACCAGAGAGGUUUACCCCUUUGCAGAAGCUGGGAAAGACACUGGUGUUUUGGGACUGUCAGCAAGUGCAAUGAUUAGCACUGAAAAUGUCAGUGACAGUAUGCCAUCAAUCAGUUAGACAAAUACUUAAAAUGAACUGUUAUAUGAUACUUGUGCUUACAUAUUUAAGUUAUUUGUACAUACUAUAUAUGUUUAUAUGUGCUAUGUUGACUACCUGCAAACGUGUAUCAAUACUUUUAGGCCCUGUGACUGCAUAAUAAAGCAGCCCUUUAAUGAAAAGAGACUCACGAUAGACUGAUGGGACGUUAUACAAUUUAUGACAAAUAUUUAGAAGAAUCAUAACUUAAUAGUCAGAUCCUGUAUUGCUCUAAAAUUCACGUUCAGAAGCAUCUACUUUGUAUUUCCUGAUAUUUACACAAUCAUUAUUGGAGUCUUUUGGGUUCUUGUGUGUUUUAUGGUGUUUGUUAAAGGUGCACUAUUUAACUUUUGAUAAAAGGCCUGUC